AAUUUCUUACAUAAGCGAAAGAGAAAGGAGCGGAGUCCAGAAGUGAGAGGUGGGCAUCUCAAAACCUUGAAAACCGAUUUCCGGCGUCAAAUCCAAGAAUUAUUAAUUCUGAGAAAUUCUGCAACUUCAAGUGCACAAUCACUCAUUUGAAUAAUACCUAGCAAGUGGAAGUUAUGGUAGCCGGUCGAAAAUGGGCUGUUUGCUUGACAGACAACUCAACCUCUCCUUGUUCCCUCGAUGUCCCUGACCCUCCUGGCUUCUCUAGGGCCUCCUCUGAGCAGGAUGAUUCAACCUUGAGUCGCCAAAAGAAAGAAGCUGAAUCAACUUGGAAAGCUCAGAAAGCUUGGGAAGUCGCGCAGGCCCCUUUUAAGAAUUUGUUAAUGAUGGGUUUUAUGAUGUGGAUGGCUGGCAGCACAGUCCACUUGUUCAGCAUUGGAAUUACAUUUUCUGCUCUCUGGCAGCCCAUAAGUGCCUUACAAGGUGUAGGAAAGGUUUUUGAGCCCUACAAGGACAGGAAAGUGGAUCUUCUUGCCCCAAAGUUGCUCUUCAUUGCCCUUAAUUUGGGGGGUUUAGCACUUGGUGUCUGGAAGCUUAACACAUUGGGGUUGCUUCCUACACAUGCAUCCGAUUGGGUUUCAUCCUUACCUCCUUCACAGGAGGUUGAGUAUUCUGGUGGUGGCAUUCCUCUGUACUGACGGGUUUGUUUUGGCUUGCUGCCAAUAUCGGCAAGGAUAAUGGGACUUGCAGAAAGUGAAGCAGGAGGAGAUGUGUUGCUGUGUGUACUGGCUGAUGGCACAUAGCAUGUGAGCUUUAAUAAUGUUUGAAAGCUGUUCUUUUAGAGUGUUUUGAUGACUACCCAAUGUUCUAGGUGGUUAAUGUCUCUCAUUUCAUGAUUGAGCUUUUUUACUGGUAGGAUUGAUAAAAUCUUCUGAAGAUGUCCAUUCAGUUUAGUUUGGAAUGUAUACUAUUAUUACUAUCUCAGUAUCUACGGUUCUAAAAUAUUAAUCAAGGAUUGGGCUUAAAAAUCCCUGUUUUUGAUUAAUGGGCAUUUUCCCUUUUUAAAAAUUAUACAAAACACUUGCAUUAGG